AUGAAGUUCUAUCUUCCCAUUGCUCUGAUGCUUGCCGCAUUGGCAAUUGCCGGCCCAGCGAACAACGCUGAAGCAGGCAAAGGGGACGUGGAUGGCCACCGCUGCCAUAAGGGACUCCAUCACUGUCUCGAUAUGUCGGAUAACGGUCUAGCUAACACCACGCUCUACAGCAUUGCCACCACCAUGACAAGUUCAAGGACAAGGAAAGAAAAGGAUGCAUUCAUCGAUGCCACCGCCGUUUUUGCCAUGAUGGGAAGCAUGGCCAUGAUCACUAUGGCCACGAUGGCCAUGACGGCAAGGACGGUCAUGAUGGUCAUGAUGGCCACCACGGCCAUGACGGCAAGGGCCAUGGCUACGACGAUGACGACGAGUAAGCACUUCGCGUGA